AGAGAGAGAGAGAGAGAGAGAGAGCAGCACAGAGUCUCUGAGGUCCGCAUCGCUCCUCUCGCGCUCCGCUGAUGGACUCGUGAUGAUGAUGAUGAAGAUGAUGAUGAAGGCUCGGAGAUGAAGAGGAUGUGCAGCCGCUCCAGAAUCAGUUGAUCAGCUGCUGCUUCUGUGGGAUGUACCGGAUCGAUGUGUUUGAUUGGAUAUGAAUGAUGAAUGUGUUCCGAGGUUUGAGCUGAUUGAAUCGAACUCGCUUCUUCAUCAUGGAUCCGAAUCUUCUCACUCUCUUCAAACUUUCUCUGAUCCUCGCAGUGAACACGCUAAUGACGAGAGGUUUAUCAGAUGCAGAUGGCGUUGAUCUGUUGUUCACCCAGCGGCCGUGGCUCCUGCAGUGCAAUCAGACCGUCCUGCUGCUGGAGAUGGAGAGAUGCGGAGAACAAUUCAGCAGCGACAUGAAUCACGUUCAUCCAGAAGACAGAUGCAACCUCACGCACUUCAUCAGAGAGUAUCACAUCUUCUCCUUCUGCACGGAGAUGAACGCCGAGCGCAUCGGCUGCUUCUGGCCGAACCCAGCGGUGGAGCGCUUCAUCAUCAGCAUCCACAAGCACUUCUUCUCCAACUGCAGCCUGGAGCACGCGGUGUUCAUCGACCCGCCGGACGACACGCUCACCCUCCUCAUCUUCAUCCCCGUCUUCCUCACGCUGGCCAUGGUGGUGCUGGUGGUGUGGUGCAGCAAGAGGAGCGAUCUCCUGGCCUAGCCAGCAUCAGGACCGCUCAGACGGACAGAAGCAUCUCUCCUGAUCUCACUGAAGCGUCUGCUGGACUCAUGAUGCUCUCCUUCAGGAGCUGGAGGCUUUAUUCCUCCUCUCGUGGCGAUCACUGAAGCUGAAUUAAUUCAGUGUUAAUCGAGAGCAUGAGUGAAGAUCUGUCAGAAUCUCUGGAUGGACAAAAUGAAUCAUGUACUCUACAGAUAUUAUUUAAUGUUUUAAUUAAAUAGCAUAGAUUUAGAGCAUUUGUCAAGCUCACACUGCCGUGUUUGUGGUUUUUCUUGGGUCUCUCAUCACUCAGUUUGACCGUUCAUUAUCAUCUCGACAUAAUCGUGGAUCAUUUAUCAGCCAGAGGUCCAGUGAGUUUAGCUUCUGCAUCGAGAUGAUCUGUUCUGGUCGAUUCAGACUGAAGUGGGACGAGUGAACAGCGAGGCUUGUUUUAGGAUGACGGUAUUAUUUAUAUGAGAAGGAAAGCCGUGUAUUGUGUGUGACUUUGAGAUACAAACAUAAGACAAUAGUUGCUCUCAAACGUCUGGCCUCGUGUUCUCCAUCGCUCCGCAGGAAGGAUAUAAAAGCCUUUCCCAUGAAUGAGAGGAAAUGAGCUGGUUAUGAUUUUCACCAAAAGAGCUACAGGAA